UUGUGAUUUCGCGCCAAUUUGUUCGCCACGGCCGCACGUAGAAUAAUAAUUAAUAUUUUUUAGUAUAUUACUCUAUGAUGCAUAUUGCAUUUCUUCCUCAGUAAUCAGUAUUCAGUAUUCAGUUCAAUAUUUCAGUUGCGAUUUACAAACUAUAUGUGCACAGUGUACACCUUAUUUUAUAAUUUAGUUGAUAUUUACUUACUAUAAUAGUUUCUAUUUGUCUGCCGUUACUGAAAGUGAGUGGUAGAGAACAAUGAUCAAUUAACGUCAGUCAAAUUUCUUUAUCUUAACUUGUAUAGACUAUAGACUUCUAAUUUUUAUAUCUACUGCAAUCUCACCGACAUUGGCGAGUGCCGAGUGGCGACAUUCGUCAUUUCAUUUUAUGUAAAUCCUGUUCAAAGAUAACCUUUCCUACGUUUUGUUGUCGCCUAGCAUACUUACAAUAUACCAAAUUGCUUCAGCAGAACCGAUUUAGUGUUGUUAGCUUAAAUAUUAGAGUGAAUUGAAUUAAUAUCAAAUUUAAAGGGUAAUUUAACAAAAUGACAAAGUCUGCUAUGAGGGGCGCAUUAAUUGUUUUGGAAGGCUGUGAUAGAUCAGGAAAAACAACCCAAUGUGCAAAAUUAGUUGAAGCUUUAAAUAAUAUGAAAAUACCAGCUAAAAAGAUAUCUUUUCCAGAUCGAUCUACUCCUAUCGGUUCACUAAUCAAUGAUUAUUUAUCAAGAAAAAUUGAGUUACCAGAUCGAUCAGUACAUUUAUUAUUCAGUGCUAACCGUUGGGAACUAGAACCAGAAAUUCGUAAGCAAAUUGAAUCUGGUGUAACAUUAAUUGUGGAUCGAUAUUCGUAUUCUGGUGUAGUUUUUACAAGUGCUAAACAAUGCGUGGAUUUCAAAUGGUGUUGUGGGCCAGAAAAUGGUUUACCAAAGCCAGAUAUAGUGAUGUUUUUAAAAUUAUCAAUUGGUGAAAUGGCUAAAAGAUCUGGUUUUGGUGAUGAAAGAUAUGAAAAUAUUGAAUUCCAAAAUAAAGUCGAUAUCAAUUAUGAUAAAUUUAAAAAUGAUAAUUUUAUUCAAGUAGAUGCAGCUCAAGAUGUGUCUAUCUUAACAAACACUCUUUUAGAGCAAGUUUUAAAAACAAUAGAUACUGUUAAGAACCAAGAGUUAGACGAUUUAGUUUUACAAUAAAACAAAGUUACCAAUGAUAGUUAUAGAACUAGUUAAUGUUUUAUAUUUUAAAUCAAUUUAUGAAUUUAUUAUUUUUCUAAAAUAAUCAUCAUUCCGAUUUAUUAUGUUAUUAUAUUGUCAAUCAUCUUUAAGUUACUUUUAUUUAGUUUAAGCUUUUAUAAAUUAUGUUAAUGUAUUACCUACCUGGCUUUAAUUGUAUUAUUAUUAAAAUUCAUAAGUUAUCUUUAAAAUAAUUUUGGGUAAAUGAGUAAAUUGCUUUUAUUUUAAACCAAGUUUUUUAAUUUAUACAUAAAAACAUAAUAUUGAAUAUUUGUUUGUUGACAUACCUAAUAUAAUAUUAUAUAAUGCACUAAGUAGUUAUGUGUUUUCAUUUAGUCAGCAUCAGUCUUUAUAGUCAUUCGAACACUUACAAAAUUAAAAUCAUUGAUUAUACUCAAUAUAAAAUAUAUUAUUUAUAGUCCC